GAGAUCAGCUGUGCUUCUCUGGCCUCAGCUCUGAAGUCCAACCCCUCCCAUCUGAGACACCUGGACCUGAGCUACAACAAGCUGCAGGAUUCAGGAGUGAAGCUGCUGUGUGGUUUUCUGGAGAGUCCACACUGUAGACUGGAGACUCUGAGAUUGAGGUCCUGCAGUUUGUCAGAGAUCAGCUGUGCUUCUCUGGCCUCAGCUCUGAAGUCCAACCCCUCCCAUCUGAGACACCUGGACCUGAGGGACAACGAGCUGCAGGAUUCAGGAGUGAAGGAUCUGUCUGAUCUUGUGGAGAGUCCAGACUGUAGACUGCAGACUCUGAGAUUGAGGUCCUGCAGUUUGUCAGAGAUCAGCUGUGCUUCUCUGGCCUCAGCUCUGAAGUCCAACCCCUCCCAUCUGAGACACCUGGACCUGAGCUACAAUGAGCUGCAGGAUUCAGGAGUGAAGCUGCUGUGUGGUUUUCUGCAGAGUCCACACUGUAGACUGGAGACUCUGAGAUUGAGUUCCUGCAGUUUGUCAGAAAUCAGCUGUGCUUCUCUGGCCUCGGCUCUGAAGUCCAACCUCUCCCAUCUGAGACACCUGGACCUGAGUGACAACGAGCUACAGGAUUCAGGAGUGAAGCUGCUGUGUGGUUUUCUGGAGAGUCCACACUGUAGACUGGAGCUACAUCCUUACCCCACUCGUGAACAAGACCCCAAGAUACUUAAACUCCUCCACUUGAGGCAGGAACUCCUGGAGAGCCUGGAGAACCUGGAGAGGGCAAGCCACCCUUUUCCGGUUGAGAACCAUGGCCUCGGACUUGGAGGUGCUGAUUCUCAUCCCAGCCGCUUCACACUCAGCUGCAAACUGCCCCAGUAUGUGCUGAAGGUCCUGGCUUGUCGGAGCCAACAGGACAACAUCAUCCGCAAAAAGUUCAACUACCGGCCAAAUCCUCCUCUCCAGCACCCUGGCAUAGACUUUCCCAGGGAGGUUGAGGACUGUGAUCCCCCUAUAGUUGGAGCACACCCUCCAGUCCCCCUUCUUGAAAAGAGGAACCACCACCCCUGUCUGCCACUCCAGAGGUACUGUCCCCGACUGCCCUGCAACAUCCAGAUACUUGAGGUACUCAGGACGGAUCUCAUCCACCCCCGGUGCCUUGCCACUAAGGAGCUUUUUGACCACCUCAUUGACUUCAGCUUGGGUAAUGGAUGA